AGGUGGGGAGCGAUGCUUGUCUGUGAGCAGCAGCUCGGGCUGGCAGAGCGGCCUGGAGGCGGGCCAGGGCGCCAUGGAGGCGGGGGGCUCCCCAGGUUUGGAACAAAGACCUCACAGGCAGGUCCCCUGAGCCUGGGCCAGCAGGAUGGUGGUGGAGCCCGAGAGAGAGCUCCUCUGACGCAGGGAGGAGACGGGAGGAGUGAUGCUGUCCCCGGAUUGUGUCCCCGACAGGCUGCAGGCAGCAUGGCUGGUACUGAGACGAGCCGGCGGUGACUCAGGCGCCCACGGUGGCGGCUCCGCAUCCUGAAGAUGAAGUGGCCCAGGUGGAGUGCUGGCUAGGCCCGAUGGCCAGCUCCAGGACGGAGGUGUGCUGGGCCGAGCCGGGCCUGGGGAAGGGGCCCCGGCGGCGACGCUGGGCCUGGGCCGAAGAGAAAAAGGAUGCCGAUGGGAUACGGGGAAAAGAGGGGCCCUUUCCCAGUGCCACCAGCCCUGAGCUCCUGGAGGACUUCCGGCUGGGGCAGCCGCACCUGCAGCCACCAGGGUGGGGCCCGGCCCCGCAGCCAGCUGAGCGUCCGGCUUCCGAGUGCGGAGAGUCCGCGGGAGAGGAGUUUGAGGUAGAGGAUGUGGACAGCCCAGAAAGUUCCAACUUGCCUCUCAACUGGCUUCCCGAACAGGAUCCUCAAUCUGCCAUGACUGAAGAGGAGCCGGAUGAGGCCCUCGGAGGUCCUGAGGUGGAGGAAGCUGAGGAGGGCUCCCCAAGAUUGGAGUAUGAGACUGGUCUCAGCUCAGGGGGCGAUGGAAACACCAGCCCCAUGGCUGUGGGGUGGGGUCAGGACACAGGCUGGGUGGCCCCUGGCACACAAGUCAGUGGAGACAAACUUCCAGAACAUUCUGAGGUCCACCCAACUGUUGACUUCAGCUCUGCAAGGUCCUGGAGCAGUGGGACUGUGAGCCUUGACCACCCCAAUGACAGCCUUGAUUCUACCUGGGAAGGAGAAACCGAUGUCCCCCAGCCCACUGCCCUGGAAGAAACUUUACCACAGAGCUCCAGCCACCACCUCCUAAACCCAAACCCCAGAACUGGGGGAGGCGUUGCUGUGGCAACCCCCACAGAAUUCCAGGACUCCUCGGUACCCCAGAGCCAGAGCCUCCAGUGUCCAGCAGAUAAGUGGAAAGAAACUACCGGCCUCUCCUGCCCUCAGUUGAGGGACAAAGCCUGGAAACGGACGCGGACAUCACCUAAGCCACUCCCUUCUCGAUUCACUGGCUCCAUCAGCCCUCCGAAUCUGCCUAGGCCAGCUCGGCAAGACAGGGUGCCAACCAGGCAGGGAGCCACUCUGGCUGGCCACUCAUCAUCUGAUGCCUCCAAGUAUGGGCGGGGGCAGUUGAACUACCCACUCCCCGAUUUCUCCAAGGUGAGACCCCGGGUGAGGUUCCCUAAAGAUGAGAGCUACCACCCCCCCAAGGCCAGGAGCCACAGCAGGCAGUCUCAGGGCCCUGCCAGGCCGCUGAUCUUCAAAUCACCUGCUGAGAUUGUGCGAGAGGUACUGUUGAGCAGCGGCGAAGCCUGCCCAGAAAAGGACCCACCUUCUCCCCACCCCAUCACCAGGGUACCCCAAGAAUUUCAGACUCCUGAACAAGCCACCAAACUGGUCCACCAGCUCCAGGAGGACUACCACAAGCUACUCACCAAGUACGCAGAGGCGGAAAACACCAUCGACCAGCUGCGCCUUGGGGCCAAGGUGAACCUGUACUCGGACCCGCCCCAGCCCAGCCACAGCAUCCACACAGGGACGGUGCCCCAGGGGACCAAGGUCUUGUCCUUCACCAUCCCACAGCCCCAGUCUGUGGAGCGGUGGUCGGGCCCUGCUGAAGCCCCACAGGCCUCUGGGGCCUCCGGGUGGCCACCAGCUCAAAGAGACCUGAGCCCCUCCUCGUCUGCCCCAGAGUGGCUUCCGGAGAACCCGGGCAUCGCCCAGGACCAACUGUCAGCAGAGCGGACCCAGGAGUUGGCUUCUCAGGCCAGCCUGUUCCUGGCCAAGGUGGAAUCCUUCGCAGGGCUGAUGCAGGCAGGACGGCUGACGCCCCAGGACCAACUCAAGGGCUUCCAGCGGCUAAAGGCCGCCCACGCGGCCCUGGAGGAGGAGUACCUGAAGGCCUGCAGGGAGCAACAGCUGGCCCAGCAGCUGGCCGGCCCCCAGGGGACACCCAGCAAAUUUGAUCCUGGCAGGGUGCUGGAGGAGGAGAUAUUCCAGCUGGGUAUUCGCCUGGAAGAGCUGAAGGACCACAUGGACCACACCCAGCCUGAACCUGAGCGAGCCGGGUCAGACUCCACCCCAGACAGCCCCCCAGCCACGCCUUCUCCACGCCAGCCAGUGCACCUGCCUUCUCCUUCAGGACAAGCCCCCACACCCGCCACCCAGACCCUCUGCCCUCAGCCUCACGCCACCAGCAUCGGCCCCUGCCCAUCGCAUGUGAACGUGGAGCUGAGCACCGCCAGCAGUGAGACGGAGGAUGGGCCGCUGGGCCUCCCGGCCCCACCCAGGAAUAAGGAGCUGCCGGCGGAGCAGGAUUUCCACGGCCUCCUGGAGCGGUACCUCAGCGUGAAGACCGUCCCAGAAGCCAGGAAGCCGGAGGAGGGCGAGGACGAGGAUGAGGACGAGGACGGGCGAGGCCAUUCGGUAGAAGUUGACGGGCCAGCUCCACCUCCAAGAAAAUCAGAGGCCACCGGGAUGCCCAUAAGGCAGCUCCCAGCACCGGCUGAAAGAAGUCACAGGACCCCCCUCAAGGAGACUGUGGAGCAGAUGGUGUCUGUAAAGCCAGCAGGCUUCCAUGCAUCCGUGGCCAGAGAUGGCUACCUCCAGGACCUGGACAAAGUUGAGGCAGCUCCUCCUCCGGGCCCCAGCAGGCCACCUCACCCUCGGGGCACCAAGCCUUUGGCAUCCCACCAGAGCAGUCUGACCAGCUUAGAGGGAAGCGGCCUCUCUGAGCACCUUCCACAGAAGUCUCUGCACCAAGCUGGUGGGCCCCACCUAGAGGAGCCCUGGAUGGCAUCCCCCGAGACAGACAGUGGUUUCGUGGGCUCAGAAACCAGUAGAGUGUCGCCCCUCACCCAAACGCCAGAGCACCGGUUCUCCCACAUCAGCACUGCAGGAACAUUGGCCCAGCCCUUCACUGCAUCUGAGCCCCGGGACGCAGUUUCCCAUCCCCAGACCAGGGGUCCUCCAGUCCCCAGAAGAUCCCUGGAGCCCAGCACACCCAGGAGCCGAGCCCAGAGGCGACCCUCCGGCCGGGACAGUCCUCUGCAGCAGAGGGCACCCAGUUUCCGCCAGGAGCGGGCACUGGUGGCCGAGAUGGCGGUGCCCGGCUCAGAGUCGGAGGGGCGACAGCCGAUUUCUGAGCAGCUCGCCCGCAGCACGACAAUCCGCCCACCCCCGACCUCGGCUUCUGCAGCUGCCACUCUGUCCCAUGGACCGGCAGAGAGCACCCGCACCCUCCUCCUCACCAGGACAGGGCGAGACCAGGCCAUCCGAGAGCUACAAGAGGAGGUGUCUCUGCUCCGCCUGCGGCUGGAGGACAGCCUGCAUCAGCCACCCCAGGGCAGCCUGGUGUGCCCGGCCUCCACCUUCAACCGCCCCGCCCGGGCCCGGGCCCGGCCAACGGAUUCCUCAGCCGCCUGGGGCUCCCACUAUGGCAGCAAAUCCACAGAGAGACUGUCUGGUGAGCCUGCAGGUGCAGAGCAAGCUGACCCCGCAGGAAGGCGGCGAGCCAGGUCUUCCUCGGUGCCUCGGGAGGUGCCCCAGCUGUCCCUGAGUUCCGGAUCCGAGCCCACCUCCCCCCAGCUGUUCUCUGAGAAGAGCCGGACCUCUGAGAACAGUGCGCAGGCAGCUCGGGAUGGAAUGAAAAGAGCGGGCGGCACCAAGAGGCCAGACAGGGUCACCUUCCGGGGCCAGUACACAGGCCAGGAGUACCACGUUCCCACCCCCAAGACUGUCCCAAGAGGCGGUGGCACAAUCUCCUGUCCCCACUGCCGACCUGCUAGGACCCAGGACUCAGGUGGUACUGUCACCAGGGACCCACUGGGACCGGUUCCCACUGAUACCCUGCGAUGUCCCCUGUGUGGUCAAGUCGGGACGCCCCCAAAGACGGAUGGCCCAGACUCAGCCACCUCUGGGACAGAAAGUGCCACCCCAAGGAGGAAUGCACACUCACGCUCAGCCUCCAGCCCCCCACGACGGAGCAAGCAGGCAGGGUCGCCGGCCCGGCCGCCCCCCGGACUGUGGUAUCUGCCUGCUGUGCCCCCAGCACCGGCCCCUCCCGCCUUUGCCUACGUCUCCUCAGUGCCCAUCGUGCCUUACCCGUCGGCCGCUGUGUACUACGCGCCUCCGGGACCUACCUCAGCUUCCUCGCCCCAGCCAGCCGCCACUGAGUGGCCCCCCUCUGCCUCCUCCCGGCCGGCGCGGGGGCACCGGCACUCCAUCCAGCUGGACCUGGAGGACCUGGAGGAGCUCAACAAGGCCCUGAAUCGAGCCGUCCAGGCUGCUGAGAGCAUCCGCUGCACCACCAAGCACAUGAGCCGCUCCCUGUCAGCCGACCUGCGCCAGGCCCGCAGCCUCAGGGGCUCCUGCCUCUUCUGAGUUCACCCUGGAGACUCAGACACAGAUGGGGGGCAGGUGGGCCAGCGGCCUGCUGCUGUCCCCCAGGGCGGGAGUCGGCUGGAGCCACUCCCGCGGGCCCCGGCGACCCCUCCCCAGAGGCCUCCUGGCCCUGGGGUGUUGGCCUGGGCAUGAAGAGAAGGAACUCUGGGGGGACCGGCCCCUGAAGGAAGUGCUGAGACCGAGGCCACCUUCUGCCCAGGGGCAGCCUCGGGGAGUCUCCUGGUCCUGCACUGCCCACCUCUGGCUAAUAAUAUGUACUUUAUAUACAGAUGGACAAUUUUUUUUUUUUUUUUUACUGUGUUUUCCUGGUCUUAGAUCCAACCUACCAGGCCAGAUGAGAAGGGAUAGGGCCAGAGUCUCUGGUGCAAACCUGUCUCCUCACCGGUGACCAGCCCCUCCAGCGUAGGCGUUUCUGGGAAGGACACAGGCUGUGCACUUUCCUCCUGGUGACUGGGGAUCAGUAGGGCACUUUGACACCAUCGAAACGUCAAGACGGCAGGCCCCCAGGAUAACAUGCACCCAGCUUCUCCGGAGAGGACUUUCCCGUGGGCCUGCUGGGAAGGGGACACCCCCAGGGAGGGCCCAGGAAGCUGUCCACCUUGGUCCCUCUCUGUACCUCAUCCCCUGAGCCCCAGCUCUGUCCCUGGGAUCCCUGUGGAACUGGGCUAGUGGCCAAGCUGCCUGCCAGGCCCUGGUCUGCGGCCGGGAGGCCAGCCCGUCUCUGGCUCCCUACCUUGUAGCAGAGUGCGUACCUCAGCUUUUCUGGAAUGUGUAUGCAUCAGUGAUAUUUGUAUAUUUGAGGCAUUUAAAAAUCUAUUUUCGUUAUGAGGGCAAAUGGAGAAGAAUGAAUAUUGAUCUUUGAAAAAAAAAAAAAAAGAAAGAAAAAAAAAACGUUCCCGAAGCUGCCCA